CAAAUGCAGCAGUGUUCUCGCCAAGUGAAGAGACAUGGUGAAAAUUUUUGUCCGCAGUCAGUCAAGUCUCGCGAACAACAAGCAGAAAAAUCGUGCAAGAAAUCCGAGAAAAUCGAACCAGUCGUGUCGGUAAAUGAUUACGGUCCCCCGGUGGACACCGACGCGGACCAGUCGCGAGUUUCUGGGGUGCGCGAGACGCAUUUUGUUCGUGGUAACAUUUUUAGAAUCCAUUUUACGAUGAACAUGUGAAGAAAAACAGGAUCCAGCCAAGUGGGCACUGUCAUCGCACGGGAAACGGCUCGAGUCAAAAACAGUGAAAAACAAACAAGGUGUGCACGAAAAUGAGUGAAUUUUACAGCUACUAGCAGCAGCAGAGCAAACAUCACAUAGCCAGAGAUCGAUAAGAGUGAAAUGUGCGCGGCGCGUUGUGCGGUGAAAAGUAGCGAAAUAAUUGUAUUAGCAUAUAGCAGCAUACUUAGCGUAAAGUGAGCGCAUCGAGUGUGCCGUGAUUUUCGUGGUACGGAAAAUAUCCGCCGGAAAGUGUUGCUGUGCGAGGUGAAGUGUUGUUGUUGUGUGUUGCUUCAGCGGGAAAUCCCCCGGAGAAAAUCCCUUCCGAAGCCCUCGGGGGAGGAGGAAGCGGAGGGAUAAUUUCACCACCGUAACAUUCGCUUGGGUGAAUCGAGCGCAGACCACCCCCUCGGGUGGUGUUGAGGAAAACACGAGCGCGAGGAAAAAUUCAGCAACAACAGGAGCAACAACCCGGGUGGCGCAACAGGACACACUGAGUGGCUGCGUGUGGCGGAGGGAGGCGAACAGUCAGCCGACAGUCAGUCAGUCAACCACUUUUAGCAGCAGAGUAGCAUUUACCGAAAUUACAAAGGGGGAGAGACGACAUCACAUAACACAUCGACACAAAGAGCAACAUUUUCAGCAAAGGAAUCAUCUCACCGGUGCUAGACGAAGUUGAAACAAAAAUAACGCAAUUCACUUGAAAAAAAAACACUCAACUGAAUAGAGAGUGCGAGGGAAAGAAUCCUCUGAAGUCAUCAAAGCCGCUUGCAUAAAUUUACUGCCAUAUUCCCCACCAGUGGCAUCUACCUCGCGCUGUGCCACUAGCUCCAACACUAGCGCAGCGUUAUCAUCAGGCAGGUUGUGCGCAAGAGGACAGACGAAAGCAUCACCCAUUUGAGCCCGCCGCCACCAUCACCCACGUGAGCGUCGCAGCAACGGCGGAUAAUGAAACAGAUUAAUGUCUCCGUCGUCGGCCUAUCCGGUAUCGAGAAGGACAAAGGUCAGCUGGGGGCGGGCAAGUCCUGUCUGUGCAAUCGUUUUGUGCGACCCCGAACCGAUGACUACGCGAUCGAUCACAUCUCCGUGCUAAGUCAGUCCGACUUCAGUGGCCGGGUCGUUAACAACGACCACUUCUUGUACUGGGGCGAGGUCCGCAAAACCUCCGACGAGGGAGUCGAGUACAAUUUCAAUGUGGUCGAGCAGACCGAGUUCGUGGACGAUGCCACGUUUCAGCCCUUCAAGGUGGGCAAGAUGGAGCCCUACAGCAAGCGAUGCACGGCAAUCCGGCUGUGCUCGCAGGAAAAACUGAAAUACAUCUGCAAAAGUCAGCUCGGUAUCGAGCACGAGUACGAGGAAAUAGUGCUCGCGGAAGGGCGGUUCCUGGUGGAUGGGUUCGUGUGCGUUUUCGACGUCAGUGUGGUCCCGAACAGGACCGUCGAGAAGCAGGUCGAGUUUGUCACGCAAAUCAUCAACAACAUUCUGAAGAACAAAAAACCGGUUGUGCUGGUGACGACAAAGAACGACGAUGCCAACGAACUGUACAUCCGGGAGGCGGAGAAGAUCUGCUCCCGCAAAGAGUACAAGGGACAGAUUGUGAUGAUUGAAACGUCCGCACACGAAAGCAUCAACGUCGACCAGGCGUUCAUCGUGCUCGCGCAGAUGAUUGACAAGGCGAAGCAGCGUUCGAAGAUUGUAUCGUACGCGGAAGCGGCCAAACAUCGAACCGACCUGCUGAACGCCAGCUCCGAAUAUGUAACCCGCCUAAUACGCACCCAAAUCACCGACCACCGGUCGACCUGGGUCAGCUCGUUCAAGAAGCUCUCGAACCACAAGGAGUGGCUCGAUUUCCUCGAGCUGUUCGGCAAAGAGGCUGGCCAGCGGAUAUUCCGUCGACACAUCAAGAAACUCCGCGAAGAUUACCAGGCGUUGAAGCUUCAGCGAUACAUGGAAUCGUUUGGCUGUGUGCUGCAGGAAAUCCUGCCCGACAUGAACAGUAUUAACCUGGAGCUGGACGCUUUUAAUGAUUGGCAAUCGGUGCGGGCCUACUUCCAGAGUCACGUUGAGUACGAGCAGUAUUUCUUUGAUGCAGUCGAACGGGGUGGCAGCUGGGCCGAGCUGAGCGAUAUGAGCGACAUGGAGGACGAGAGUCGGAUACCGUUGGAUGUGCUCAACACGCCGGAAGCGGAGACCGUCUUCCGGAAUCACAUGAACGAGCUGCAGCAGGAACAGAAGCGGUUGGAAUGGAAGAAGCAGUUCAAGAAGCUGCUGGAGGAAACCGGAUAUGUGACACCUGGGAAGCAGCUGUCCGAGGUGCGGGUACUGUUCAUGGGUCGCGAGUGUUUCGAGGCCCUGUCCGAGCACGACUGCCAGCAGAUCUACGACAACCACCAGCGGGAGCUGAUCGAAACCGCCAAACACAACUUCCAGGAGCUGCUGAUGGAGCACGCGGAUCUGUUCUACCACUUCAAGAACAUCGAACCGUCGGGGACGAUCACUCAGAACGAUGUGAAGGAGAUCACUGACGUGCUGCAGGAGGAUUUGCGCUACAAGCUGCUCGAUCGGCUCGAUCAGGACCGGAAGCUGAUGCUGUUCCAGCAUCUGGGUUUUGUGCACUGCCCAAUCCGGGAGCACUGCCCGGCGUUCCCGAACUGCAUGGAUGCGUUGAUCGAGCGGAUACUUAUCGCCAAUCAGAAUCUACCGAACCCGAGGUUCAUCCAGAAGGACGGCCAACUGCAGCUGAACCUGAUAGUGAUCGGGUUGGAUUACAUUGCGAACGAUUUCAUUGACAAGGUGCACCAGCACUGCAACGACAACGGGGAGUACAUCGUGGAUGGACAGAUUUACGGACUCAACAUUGAGACCAUCAAUCGGGAGAACGAUUCGUUUUCGUUUGACCUGGCAUCGAAGGGGCUUAUCUGUUGCUACUCCAACAGGCAGACAUUUACCUACAUCUUCGAGGUGCUGGAUCGAUUGUUGGCUGAUAAUAUGGAUUUCAAGGAUAGUGUAAACAAUUUGCACAUUGUGUUUAUGAGUGAUGAGAAGAAUAGCGAGAGUACUCUGCAGCAGCUGCAGAGCGAUGGACAGUCCCUCGCGGAAAGAUUGCAUUGCGUGUUUAUCGAUGAAAACGAGUUUUUCGCUUCGGGUCAGGAGACAAAGUUUGUGGAUACCACGCUGAACAGCGUGAUCGACUCGAUCCCGUUCGAGGAGCUGAAGUACGGUAUGAAUCUAGCCGAUAUUCCCGAUUUGAGAAUAAUUUUGUGCAUUUUCUGUGGAGACCCAUUCUCCAUCGAAAACUUGCUGAGUUCGAUGAUGAUCGAACAGUCCUGCAUCAACGCCGGAGAGCGAAAUAUUAUAUUCGAAAUGUUUCUGGGCGAUUCUAAGCGACGGGUGGAGUUGAUUUUGUCUUCCUACCAUGGGGCGAAUGCAUUUCGGGAUGACCUCAUCCACGGUUUUAUUCUGCUGUAUUCCAGUAAACGGAAAGCGUCUCUGUCAACAUUGAGCGCCUUCUCGUUAAACAUUCCAAAUCUUCCCAUGCAGAUUGUGUCGGUAUCGGAGCAGGGCGGUGUCAAUGCUUUCUUCAACAACGAAGUGUCCCAAAUGCUAAUCACCGAAGGCAAUGCUAUUGCAGAUAAACUGCGUGCCCACUUUGCAACGGCCUCCGAUGACGAUAACCAGUUUAAGUUUGCCUCCUUCGCACCCUUCCUCAAGGAAGUAUGGGAUAAGAAGCCCGAAAUCGAACACGCAUUCAACAUGGAGGAGCCCCUUACCAUUGAUUCUGGCGAAGGAACGAUGGAACACUCGAUGCACCAUCAUCACCAGCAAGCUCCGCAACCUCCACCACGCUACGAAAGCUAUCUCAUCAAUGGUUCGUCCACGACGUACCGCGGGCAGCAUCCUCAUGGCCACCAGCAGCAGAAAAUGCUCUUCGACAACCGUUCGAUCAACUCGUUGGACGACCUGGACAACCUGAAGCAACACCAGCAGCAGUAUUCCAAUAUGUAUUACUACGAGGAUAGCAGUGACUUCGAUAAGGGUGGAAGCAACCAGGGCUUCCAGAUAUAUCCGCCUCCAACAACUCCGCCAGAGCCGGCGCCACCAGAUCACCUACUAACACCGUCCUCAAUUCUGCGGCAGCUAAAAGCGAAUACCGUUUCGCAAUCGCAAAGCAGUCUGGAGGAAAUUAACUCGGACGUCAGUGGAUCCAAGGACUCGAUCAACACAUACGAUUCAGGUUGGCUGGAUGAUGGCUUCCUCAUCCCGAAGCAGGACAACAAGCAGAACGAGGACCUGUGGAAGAAUGUUAAUGCGCACCAUGCCUUUACCACGGGGCGAAGACCGAACCCGACCUCGUUCGCGAAGAAGAUUCGCCCGAAGGGCCCGAGCCAGACACUCAAGCAGCCGGGCAAACUGAACCUGAAGAGCUUCGCCAUUGUGAACGAGGCAAUCGCGCGGAUGAAUCUAGGCGGCGAAAGUCAGGGCAACCAGGUUGGAGGAAUGGUUGGUGGCGGUGGCCAGCAGCAGAUGAGUGAGAAGGAAAAAAAGAAGGCCAAGAAGCUACAGCAGCAGCAGCUGGAGAACGCACCCCUGGCGGCUCCGGAAGACGAUAGCGAGGACUACGAGGAUGAGGCUGGCUACGAGCAGAUAAACGACGCCUUCAGCGAUGCCGUCAACAACGUCGCGAGUCAAUUAUUUACCACCUUCUCCGGUGGACAGCAGCGAGGUGCCAUCGUUGACGGAGGUGGCCAGCAGGGGAUCGAUCUGACCGGGGGCAAAAAUAAGCUUAGGCAACGAAGGGAGAAGGAACAAAUAUUCAACAUUCCAGAGUAUUCGGAUUCGGAGAGCGAUUCGAGCUCGCUGGAGCGCAAACGUUCCACUGAUGGGUACUCCAAAAUCAAUCGAAAGCCACAAACUCACAAACGGCACCGUAAGAAGCGCAUCGCAAUUCCCGUGCAACCACCAAAGAUUCCCCUGGGUCCCUUCGGCGGUGGUGGCGGCGGAGGAGGGGGCGGAGGUGAUGGCGGUGGAGGUCCACCAAUGAUGAUGGGAGUAACCGGAGGCGGACAGCUGAGCUCGGCGCUCGGUAUGCCGAUGAUGUACCAAAAGCUGAAGAACGAAAAGAACAUCGGCAUGGACAAGGACAAGCAGGAGGAUGAAUCGAGCAUCGAUGUGUCCUCGCCUCGAGAUAAUAAUUCACCAAUUUUUGGUGUCCUCCCGAAGAUGGGUGACCGGGAGAAGCUAAUCACGACAAAGCAGAAGAACUGGUUCGGCAAAGAAAUCGAUCCCAACAAGAGCAGCUCCAAAGAUUCCAAGGACUCCGAUGGCAACUCGAAGAAGAUGGCCGGCCGAGCUUCGAAGAGCUCUGGUGGUAAAAAUUCGAAGAAUGCUCCACCGGUACCGCAGCUGCCAACUCUGGCUAGCUUCAAGCAGUCGGAUAAAAAUCUGGUGCCACUGUUUGUGGAGAAAUGUGUCAAAUUUAUCGAGCAGGAGGGCCUAGACUCGGAGGGUAUCUACCGAGUGCCUGGCAACAGGACCCAUGUAGAUCUUCUGUACCAAAAGUUUGAAGAAGAAGUCGACUUCGAUAUUGAGAAGCUGGACAUUCCCGUCAAUGCGGUGGCCACCGCACUGAAGGAUUUCUUCGCGAAGCGGCUGCCAUCGCUGUUCAGUGCCGAUAUGAUGUCGGAACUGGAGGAGAUUGCCGGCUCGAGACCACUGCAGGCCAUUAGCAGUCAUAGCAUCGAAUUGAAAAAUGAUAAGAGCUGUCGGCUCAUUGCCCUUCGGUCGCUGCUCGGGAAGCUCCCGCCUAGCAAUUUUGCCAUCCUUAGCUUUAUUUUCCAGCAUUUUGUGCGUGUCUCCGAGAACUCGAAGCUGAACAGCAUGGACAGCAAGAACCUGGCGAUCUGCUGGUGGCCCACGCUGCUGCCCAUCGAGUUCACCGACAUGAUGCGCUUCGAGACAAUGCGGCCCUACCUGGAGGACAUUGUGCAAACGAUGAUCGACCAGUUUCCGUUUCUGUUCUGCGGCGAGGAAGCGUUCGUAAUGGUUUGAUGCAAUGAGGAGCAGCAGUACUAGCAGCAGCAGUAAUAUUAAAGCGUAGUUGCCGCGUUGAAUGGCGACGAGUGAGUUGUUAAUUAUUUUUCUUAGUUUAUUUUUUUAUUCGCCUGAUGGUUAUAAUACUUUGGCUUGAUCGGAAAAACAGGUCAACUGUAGGUGAACAUUUUUGCACCGAUGCGCCCGGUAUUAGAGUUUUUUUCACGCAUAUAUGUUUCGUCCGUUUUUAGCUAGGCAUUUAAAAGAAAGGAUUCAAAGAAAAAAAAAUAUUGUUGAGCUUUUCUCUCGCGCUCCAAGGGGGCGCGAGGCAAAUUGCUCCACACAGAAAUAUAUAGUCGUGUAUUUAUAGUAGCGCUUUUAAGACAUAUAUGUGGGCGAAGGCGAACGCAGCCAACGAGAGAUGCUUAUUUUUGUUUAUUUCGUCCCGCAGUUUUAGAGAAAGAAGAGAGCAAAGCCAAUUCGAUCCAUGUUGAGAGCAAACAUACGAACCGCGUGGUGUAGCAAAAAAAACAAUAGAAAUGUUUUCUCUGCAGGUGUAUAUUUAUUGCAAAUAUUGAGCUUGGUACGUUUUCACCCAAAAAAAUACACCAUUUGAUAUUAAUUAUUGCUUAGACGCGCGCGCCCCGAUUAAUGAGGAGGAGGAUAACGUGUAUUUAGCGAGUCGCUACUUAUUCCCUUAGGAGAAGAGAAACAACCAACACAUUCUAUUAUAAUAGAUUCGAGCGUAUUUUAACUGGUUUAUCAGUACACACACAUUUGAGCAUUAUAAGGAAGAACAAAAAAAACAAGAAUAUUUGUAUAUUUACCUGUGUAUAUUUUAAGGAAACAAUCCAAGUAACAAUGCUCUAUUAGUGGGAUAACAGAGAGAAAAUUGUCUUUAAGGUAGUCCGUUAAGUCAUUAACAACAACUAUUGGUAAUUGUAACAAAAUAUGUGGUGAUAAAGUAUAAUACUCUUUGUAGCUUUUAGUUAUCGCGCGUUUGCGCGGAAACGAACAGAAGGAAACGAGAAGAGAUCUGUUCCAAAUUUGCAUUUGUUUGAACGGCAUCUCUCAUCAGAGCGUAUCAUGAAUCGAAUCACACAAGUGACAACGCAUUGUUCAAACAAGUAACACAAAGCAAGAAAACUAUGAUAUAUAUGUAUACAUGUGUAUAUGAUCUUAACGUUAGAAAAACACACGCUUCAACAAAAAAAGCCACUCUCCCGAUGCUGAGACUAACGAAUCGUGCCAUCCUGAAGUAGUGAAUGUUUGAGUUUGAGUUAUUCUCUCGAAGCUGGGGAAGCCACAGAGGGCGUGACAUGCUUUUUUACCUUCUAAACAACGCGCCAAUCCCAUUGAUUUCACGCAACUUUAAGACACAAAACGAAUUCGUCCUUUCUAUUAGAGAAGAAGCAUACGCAACCGAGUGCAGAACACACGCGCGAAAGUUAAUUGCUUCCGUUCGACCGUUUAUUAUUUCUGUAACAUUUGAUAGACGCUAAAAGUGAGAAAGUAAUGCGCUUUUUAUGCAUUUUUGUUUUCUGUUUGUGACAUUUUUUGUUUGUCUCGUUUAGUUCGAAUUAUGUUCCAUAUAUAUUUCGGAGAAAAGAGAAAAUCAUGUUUAUUUUAUCAGAGCAUUUAAUCCUAGGAGAAACUAAUGUAAGUGUAAAACAGACAGAGAGCAGCACACUCCGCGAAGAGAAUAAAAGAAACUGUGUGUAUGCAAAAUAUACAUAUAAACCACACACACAUACAUACACACACGAGAGAAAACAAAGACCGUUCUUUAGAUAGAAAGUUAGAUUUUUGGUUUCUUGUUCGAAAUGGGGACUUAAAAAAGAAAACAUUAAUGUAAGAUCGUAGGAUUUAUCAAUUUAGUGAGCGGAACAUCCAACAGAGAGACGAACACAGGAAGUGCAAAAAUCAGUGUUCCGAAUCAAUUAUGUCAGAACCAAAAAAGUCAAAAAGAAAAAGCGGACUGCGAAUGGGUGGGAAUUAUGGGGGGAAAAACUAAUAUAAUGCAUAACAAAAGUUAUGUUAAAUGUGUAGGUGUAUGAAAUUUGUCGGUUAAAAGUGGAUAAAGAGAGCGCAGCGCAGUGGUUUUUGUAAUUGGUGUGACGCUAUGUAAAAACAGCUCAAAUCAAAUAGUGAGAGAUAGAAAUAGCGGUCAGCUUGUUUCGGUUGUGCUUUGCAAGUUUAGGUUGCGCGAAAUUCAGACCUAGGAAAGAGGAUUGUUAGUUGUGGUUUAGAUCGAUGUGUUACACACCGAAUAUGCGGACCCACAAAUGUGCGCGCGAACAGUUUUAUUCAGGAACGGAUAGAUAACUCGGAUAGGAUAAAGAAAGAAAAAAACCAUAUUCCACGCAGAUUUUUGGUCAUGAAUAUAUGUUCAUCAGCUACACAAACUAACACAAGAAUCAAAUGCUGGUUCAAAGAUGAGGAGGAAUACUUGGUAGUUGGUUUGUUGAACAUAUGAGAAUGUAAUUUUAUUUUCACUUUCUAUAAAUUACUCUAGAGAUAAAACAUGACUAUUAUGUAUAAUAAUGAACAUCUCGCAUAUUCUUUCAUAUUAGUUAGAAGUAUUCAGUAUAGGUCAAGGGUAGAAUCAUUCUUGAUAACCGUUUCUACAAUUUUGAUGCAUAAUAGUUAUUUCUAUAUCUCAGAACAAAGCCGAAUUGAUCCACCUCACAAUUAGUAUAAUCUGAGCUACUCCCAUAUGGGAUUCUGAGGUUUAAUCCUUUUAUCCUUCCCAUUUUCGUGUAAUUUGAUAUACGGAACAUGAGAUUUGAUUUGAUUAUUUAAACAAAAACUGGUCAGCAGCGUCGAUCAGAAGCAUAAUCUUCAUAUAAAACAUCUGAUGGGUUUCGAAGAAUUUGCCAAAAGCAGAAAGUGAUUCAGAUUUUCUUUAGACGGAUAUCAAAAUUAUGGAAAAAGAACUAGAGAAUAAUUUAAAAACAGCAUCUUUUGAAUGCUUUGCAAUGAUAAACUCAUUUUUUCCUUGUUUGAAACUUAUUAUCACUUUUUUAAUAUUCUUUCAUUCAAAGUAUGCCUUCAAAAUAAUAUUGUUUAAAAUAUCUAUUACGUAAAUAUACGAGUUCGAUUACGUAAUAGAUAUUUAUUCGAGUCUUCUCCACCAAUUACGAAUGUUUGAAUUACAAAAACCAGCUCUGCAAUGUUGGAAAAACUUUAAAGUUAUUAUUUCAUACUCAAAAUAUCAACAAAUCAAUAUUAUACAUAAUCAAUCAUAAUGAUCGUUCUUUUUGAUAAGAGAUUAUUGAUUAUUGUUUCUCUCACACUAUUACAACGUAUUUGUGGCCUCCAUUGCCAUUUUAUGAUGUUGCAACUCUCUGUUAGUCUAAUCCAAAAAAAAUACAACAAAAAAAAAAUCUACUCAUUCAGGACAAUCGGAAGUUUCGCCAUGUUUCAAUGGGCCUAUGGGAGCUACAUUUUUAGUCCUUUAUUACAUCCCAAAGCGCAUUUACCGAAUCCAAAUAAACAAAAUUACGUCCUCUGGAUUCGUCAGGAUUUCGUUUUGAAAAUGCCACCAGGCGGGUAAAUUGCUGUUUGUUUAUCUUUUCUUUCCUAAAAAGCAAGACAAGAUUCAAAAUGUUAGCAAAAAAGCUAAAUAAAUACGAAAUUAAACUUACUUCAUUAAGACACGAGUGGCAAAUAUACUUAUUUUACUACAUGACAUAACAGUAUCUUGGUAUUCAUAAAAAUACCGAGUUCAUCAAAUUCGUCACGACGGAUGAACUCUUCCGGAUUCUACUUUUUUCCGGAGGAGACUAAGAGGGCGUUGAGGAGGACUACACCGGUGCAGUGAACAACGACGACGUACCACCCCCGACUAUGGAUGAAGUUAAGGAGGCCAUUAAUCAGCUAAAGAACCACAAAGCAGUUGGUAAGGAUGGCCUCGUAGCGUAGCUCUUUAAGGGAGGUCCGGGAAAACUUGUAGAGUGUAUGCACUGAUUGAUAGUCAGAAUCUGGGACACAGAACAGCUUCCGGAGGAGUGGAAGGACGGAGUAAUCUGUCCCAUCUAACAAAAAGGCGACUAGUUGGGUUGUGAUAACUAUCGUUCCAUCACAAUCCUCAAUGGUACCUACAAAAUUCUGUCUCAGAUCCUCUUCCGUCGUUUAUCGCCAAUAGUAAGCAGUUUCGUGGGAAGUUCGCUCGACGACGGACCAGAUUUUUACACUGCGGCAGAUUCUCCAAAAGUGCCGCGAAUACCAGGUCCCUCCACCGACAGCUAUGGAGGAUCUUGGACGAACACGGCUUUCCCCGAAAGCUGACAAAACUGAUUCAGGCAACGAUAAAGAGUGUGCGGAUCUCAGGUGAGCUGUCGGAAUCAUUUGAAACUCACAUGGGACUUCGACAAGGCGAUGGACUCUCAUGUCUGCUCUUCAAAGUGGCGCUGGAAGGUGUUAUGCCGAGAGCGGGCUUGAACAUGCGGGGCACGAUUUUCAACAAGUCUAGUCAAUUUAUUUGCUUCGCCGAUGACGUGGACAUAAUCAGAAGAACACAUGCGACGGUAGCCGACUUGUAUACCCGACUGAAACACGAAGCAGGGCUGAGUGGGCUUGAGAUCAAUGCGUCUAAGACUAAAUACAUGUGAGCAGGAGGGACUGAUCGCAACAGAGUUCUUCUUGGUAGGAGUGUUGUGAUCGUCGGCGGCGAGCUCGAGGUGGUAGAGGAAUUUGUCUACCUUGGAUUGUUGAUAACAAUUGACAACAACAACAGUCGUGAAAUUCGAAGACGCAUAGUCAAUGGAAGUCGUGCCUACUAUGGGCUCCGCAAAUCCUUGAGGUCCAACAAACUCCGAUCCCGUACGAAGUGUACCAUGUACAAAUCCCUAAUUCGACCGAUUGUUCUCUAUGGGCACGAAGCAUGAACGAUGCUUGAAGAGGACUCACAAGCGCUUGGUGUUUUCGAACGCCGAGUGCUCAGAACAAUAUACGGUGGUGUACAGGAAAACAGAGUAUGGAAAAGGAGAAUGAACCACGAACUGGCGCAACUCUAUGGCGAACCCAGCAUCCAGAAAGUCGCCAAGGCUGGACAAGUUCGAUAGACAGGGAAAGUUGCAAGAUUGCCGGACAGCAGCCCUGCAAAGAUGGUGUUCGCAUCGAAUCCGGUAGGAACAAGAAGAGGAAGGAGCCCAUUGAGCGAGGUGUUUGGACCAGGUGGAGCAGGACUUGGCGAGAAUCGGUGCAGCCGGGGAGUUGGAGAACUGCAGCCAUGGAUCGGGUUUAUUAGAGAAAAGUAGUGAAUCAGAUCUAAUCUCAUUGGGAUGAAGAGUCAUAGUAAAUGAAUAAAUAAAUAUAGAAGACACAAACGUAUCAUGUCUUCUGAUGAUGAACGAGUAAUUGUGCGAACAUUUCGAAAGAACCCUAGAACAAACAUUCCUAAAUUGGCUACCGAAGUAGCCGGAAGACCUGUCAGCACAGGCACUGUCCGGAGAGUAGUAUACGGGAACAAUCUGAGGGGUCGUGUAGGUCGUGAAAAGUCUUUCAUCUCAAACGUGAAUAUGAAAAAACGACUGUUGUUUGCUAAGGAAUAUGUUAACAGACCUAAAGAAUUCUAAAACAAGGUCCUUUAUACGGAUGAGUGAUGUAAACCAAUCUCUUUGGAUCGGAUGGAAGACAAAUGAUGUGAAGGAAACCAGAAUUGGUGCUCCAGAUUCAGCAUUUGGUUCCCACAGUAAAACACGACGGCGAUAAUCAGUUGAUGUAUCAUACAUUGGCGGCUUCUGGAACUGGAACCAUGGAGUUUAUCGAUUCGGCGAUGGACAAGAUGGCUUCAUUGAACAUCCUGAAACGUAACCUUCAGUGUCCCGUGCAGAAAUUGGGUCUCUUUCAGCAGGAUAAUGAUCCGAAGCAAACUGAUCUCAUCGUGCGGAAGUGCCUACUCUAUAAUGUCCCAAUAAACUCAAAACACCACCGCAAUCUCCGGAUUUGAACACUAUUGAGUAUCUAUGGUGGGGAAUCAAGAAAUGGGAGAGCAUUCCGUUUACAGUGACCAAAAAUCUGCACUCAGCGCUUGCAGACAGUGCUGAACGCCAAAGGGGGCGAUACCAAAUACUAGAAGAUUUAUAUUUGUUAUCUGUUAACAUUUCUGAGCUGAUUUCAAUUUUCUUUUCAAGAAAAACUUGAACUGUACACUCAAUUUUGUAACGUCUGAAUUGAAGAUUUUUUGUUUUUUUUUUCAAACAUGAAGUAGAAAUGUGACCAUUUUAAUUUUUAUUGUCAUUACAAGAUUGUGAGAAGGAAAAAGUUAUUUGCUUUUUAACCCCGAAAAACUCAAAAAUAACAAACCAACACGGGGUGUAUACUUAAUUUUUCGAUUGACUGUAUAUCGCUAGCAACAUGACGUGUUGAUUGAAAAGCAACUUAUCGCCCAUAAUUUGACAAGUUUCGUUCAUCAAUCAGAUUGUUUGCAUAAUGUCAGGCGUUUUUAUUACUGUGGUAUGCGAAGGGCAACAAAAUAUGUUGCCUGUUGCAUAUUGCGUAUUGCAGCUUGCUAGUUGCUUAUUGCUCCGGUGUGCGAGCCGUCUGAGGUGUCCAUCUUUACCGCACUUUAUUAUUACAUCAAAGUAGUCUGUGAAACAUUCAAACACAUGCCACUGUCAGUCCACUGUCAGUGCGAUUUUGUCACUUUUUAUAAUUUUUAGAACUUUUAAAAUCGAGAAAUAUUGAAAAAACUUCAGAACUUCGAACAAAUUGAGGAUUUUUUCUUACUAACUUCGUUGUGUGUGUAACACAUGCGCUCUCCGUGUGUAUACACAUGACAUAUCCCUUACCUUCUAUUUUACGUUCUUUGAGAAGUGACGAAGGUUUCAUGAAUGUUGGACGGAUACUUUUGUCCGUGAAUGUCGUGAUGAUUCAUAAAGACACGUAAACAUGUUGUUCUCCCAAAAAUGGCACAGUAUUUGUUGAAGUUAGACGCCUAGAUCUAUGGUAAUAUUGAUGAUAGUGAAGACCACUCGAUAAAAUGCGGUGCUUCUCCACCGAAGAAAAUACUGCGUUCAACGGUUACACAUUAUCGUAGGCUUGCGGCCAGAGACCGAAAUUAUCGCUCGGUUGCGAGAUAAGUCAAUCAAUUUAGUUUUCGAUGAAUCGUGUAAUGUUGAAAUUUUUGUCUCUUCCUUUUCACAGAAUUUUUUUUUUUUCAGAGGAAGAGAUGUCUGAGAUGAGAUCUCUGAAGUUCAACAAGAAUGCUUUUUCGUCUCUUAUUUAGUACUGAAAAUAUGGAGCGAGAAAUUAAAGCUAACUUUACCAACGUUAGCCAUCUUCACUUCCCGAUGAACCCUAUGUUACCGCAUGUUUUCAUGCAAUGUUUUUAGCUGUACUGAAGAAGUGAAAAACAUUAUCGGCAUCAAGAAGUCACUGAAAAUGUAAUCAUUUUUCGGCAAUCAUAACUCGCCGAAAAAUAAAAAUUGGCAUUGCGUAUUUCGCGAUAAUCGAAGUGAGCGUGUAGCAUUAUCUCGCCUCCUAGAUUCUUAACUGUUUUUCUCGGCUAUCAUUUCGAUCUCUGCUUGCGACUUUCCACAGACAGUUUCCCUAUUGUGCAGAAUAAGUUGUAUACGUCCUUGUUCGUGGGGAAGUGAAAAUCUCAUCAACAAACCGUUAAUAUAGCGAAAAUUAUGGGUUUGCUAUAUUCUCCGCCACAGUAUCUUGAUGAAAUUCCUCCUCCGUUGAUUGUUGUUUGUAAGGCAUUUGUUGAAGCGUCAGCUAACUGAUUUUCCGAAGAAAAAAGCUCCAGUUCAAUGAUUACUCUUGCCAACCAAAUUCGUAUGAACUGGCGGUGGCGAAAUUAGGCCUAGGUGACAUUGCAUCGGAGUACACACGAAAAUUGGAUUGUACGAUAACUGACGAAAACAAACAAACAAUUUCGUUCGCGUUCUAGCAGGUAGCAAUGUGACCACACGUAUACAAUUCUAUGUAGUUGUUUACUUUCACGAUUGUAUACAAUUCGUACGGCCACAUUUCCGCAUCCGCGGUUAUUGGAUGCCUAAAAUAUUUGUUCGGCCUGUUCGUCAAACCUGUGGGUGCAUGGCUGGGUUACCUUAAAUAUUUCAGUCGAUUUUUUCCAUGUUCGAUGUUCGAUGAUUGACAUUGUUGUUGAUAAUUGAAAAGUGGUAAACAAAACAGUGUUUGUACAAAAUUAAAAACUUCAUCUUAAACUUUAAUUUUAUCUGUCAAAAAGUGUCAAAUAUUUGGCCUUCGAACAAACAGUGUAUGACCACCUUUAGUGUUGAAGAAGUCGCAAAAUAGUGAACAUAUAAUCAUGACCAUGUCUAGCUGGAGAACUCCCGGUCACAUAUAACACUAGAUGCCAAACCAGAAAGAAAAUGAAAUGUGCGCACAACCGCGCUGCUAUGUGUAAUUAUAUGUUGCCUUUGGAUCGACCAACAGAAUAUGAAAUCAACCGACAAAAAUGCAUGUGAGAAUGAAAGAAUGACAUUCUACCAAUCAACGACAACAAAAUGAAGUAUGCUUACUGCAAAUAAACACACGCACCAUCAUCAGCCCCAAACUAGAACAAUAACAGAGAACAAACAUGACAGUGAUUGUGAUUGUGUAACGUAGCCCAUCUCACCCGUAAUGACAGGAACUUAAAAAACAUGGAAAAGGAUCCACCUCGGUUAGGUCAAUAAUAAUAAAGAUGAAAUGCAAACAAGUGUCUGUGUGUGUAUAAAAUUUUCACCCCCUUGAAAGUUACCGUUAAUGUGUAGACUCCACUAACUAUACAAAAGGAAAUCCACAAAACAACACACCUCAUGGAAACCGAAUAGUGUGCUAAACUACGAGUGAUGGUACCAUUUUGUACCAUCGCGAGAAAAUUUUCAAGAGCCGCGCAAAUACAACGCUGAACAAGUUUAAGACAGUGCAAUUGAUGUUUGAGGAUAUAAAAGACAGGGGCCAAUGGCCUCACUCCCUUCGAAAGAAUGGGAAGAGCAGUCAUUCUUCGAGUUGAUACAAAAUCAAGUUUGAAGAAGCAAAGAAAAAACAAAAAAAAAACACGUAGAGCUACUAACGAAGCAAAAGAAAAAGAAAACUAACACUAAUAAAUGAUAAACCAAACAAGUUGUAAUUUCGUGUCUUGAAGCAACCAAACAAAAUCUCGUUUUUUGAAGAGUUGAGAAUAGAGGAAAAAAAACGCCAAAAAUGCAAAUUGAAGCUCGUUGUUUUUACCCUUUUUUCCCGUUUCUUUUCUAACGAUGUCAAUCGGCUAGUUGUUCUAAACAAAUAAGAUAGAAACAAACAAAAUACAUGUGCAGUGUACAAAAUAUGCAUUCGAGAAAGACAACAACAAAAACAAACUCCUAUUGUAUUCCUUCCUUAAAAAGGAAAAAAAAACUACUGCUACAAUCAAGAGCGUAAGUAAAUUCCCCCUUUCCUCCAACUUCCCAUUUUCCAUCGUGAGCAUUUUACAACAUAAAAAUCUACACAAAAAAAACUAAAUGUUGUUACACUGUAUCCUAGAAGUUAGUGAAAAAAAAAUGAGAAACAGAAAAAAAAAACAAAUGGAUGUAACACAGUUUUGCAUUUCCCUCUUUUUCCCUUCAUUUCCGCGCGAAUAAUACCCAUGUUCAAACCAACACAGAAGAAAAAAACACAACAAGUAGCGAGUAACGAAUGAAAUACUAUUUAUUUUACUAGAAAUGAAAAAAAACUGAA